AUGGCAAAGCUAACAACCCAGCUCUUGGCAUGCAUUUUCUUCGUUGUUCUUGUCGUCUUGCAUUCAUGCCCAGCAACAGCUCAAGAAGUCGAGGAUGAAAGUGAGUUUGAUUAUAGUGAAACUAGUGGAAGAGGGCCAGCAAGAUGGGGAGAGAUUCAUCCAGAAUGGGCUGCAUGUAGCAAUGGAACAAUGCAAUCUCCGAUUGAUAUGUCGAAUGAAAGAGUUGAAAUAGUGUCCCAUUUAGGGAGGCUUAAAAGAAGCUACAAUCCAAGCAAUGCCACUCUAAGAAACAGAGGCCAUGAUAUGAUGUUGAGAUGGGAAGGUGGAGCAGGAACUAUAGAGAUCAAUGGUACUGAGUAUGUACUCCAACAGUGCCAUUGGCACUCACCUUCCGAACACACCAUCAAUGGCAGAAAGUAUGCUCUAGAGGUGCACAUGGUUCAUGAAAGUGCAGAUGGCCAGGUUGCCGUAGUAGGGAUCAUGUACAAGAUUGGAAGACCCGAUUCUUUCCUGUUAUCAUUGUCGGAUCAUUUAGCAACCGUUACUGAUAUCACGGAAGGAGAGAGAGUGGUAGGUGUGAUCGAUCCAAGGCACAUAAAAAUUGGCAGCAGAAAAUAUUACAGAUACAUUGGCUCUCUAACUGUUCCUCCUUGUCAUGAAAAUGUGGUGUGGAGCAUUGUCAGAAAGGUGAGGACUGUAACCAGGGAGCAAGUGAGAUUGCUUCGCGUGGCCGUUCACGAUGAUUCAGAUACUAAUGCAAGACCACCGCAGCCAAUAAACAACCGAUCAAUUCAACUCUUUAGACCAGAUGACAAGGAAAAGAAUUAA